UAAAAUACAUAUAUAAAAUCAAAUUGCCCAUAAAAAGUAUUUGCGGACCACAGUUUGAAAACCCCUGGCAUAACUUGAAAUAUGUUGUGUAUUGUAGAAUAUAACCAAUUUAUUGGACAUAAAUUUUAACAACAAAAUCUUAUGUGGAUUCUAGUUGAGAACCACUGUGCUAGAUUAUGCAACGUGUCUUGUCCUUUCAUUGCUAGUAUAGAGUGAGCUGAGGGAGAUUUUACUGCAGUUUCUAGCAAGUCGAGCGACCACGUAGAGGCACUUUUGUUGGUUUGCGCGACUGUGUUUAUUUAUUGGAAGAGAAUAAUGACAACAGCAGUUUUGAAGAAUUUCUUUGUUUGGGGUCCUCAUCUAGUGGAUGGAACCGUUUUAAGAGAAAAGCGUGUUUCUCAGACCUGGCGGAGCCAGAGUUUGAACAGGCGACCUUCGAGAUAGAUGGGGGGGAGUGGGGAGGAGAUUUAGAAGAGACACAGAAAGAUUAGAGAAAGAGAGGCGAGAGGAGAAAGAAAGAGAAAGAAGGAAUUGAGAGAGGGAGAGUGAGAGAGAGAGAGAAAGCGAGAGAGAAAAAAAUGAAGAUGGGAAAGAGAGAGAAAGAAAGACGCGGGGGAGAAAGAGAGAGAGACACACACACAGAAAGAAAAAGACGAGAGAUAGAGACAGAGAGUGUGUGUGUGAGAGAGAGAGAGAAGACUGGCCGUCAGAAUUUCAAGUGAACAGAACGUUGGCCAGUCAGUGAUGGAACCUAGGUGAUCAUACGAACUGCUAGAAAUAGCAGCCAAAUUACGCUAUAAUCCCAAACUCUCCCGACUUAAGGAGGUACACCAUUAAAUAAUAUAAUGUUGAAUAUCCACUGUUAAACAGACUAAACAAAACAGAUGGUCACGGAUGGAGUGCAUUUAAGCAGACGGAACACUGUAGCUUUUCCCAUGAUGCCUGCAACUUCCGUUAAAUUUUUCUGACUUCUUUCUUUGAAGAGUUCCACAUUCGAAGUCAGAAGGAAUUGGACUUUCAACUUCCUAAAAAUAAUAAACACCAGACUAAGUCAAUUAAUAACUUUAAAUCCUGUUUUAUAAUUAAUCGUCUGGAUUAAUUAGUUUAUUGUCGUCAUAAUAACUUUGUCUUCGAUUGGAAAAUUCACUGGAAUUAUCGAUUAUUGAACAGAAAACCCCCCAGGAAUAUCAACCAAAACAUAAACGGAUCUUUAAACCUAAAUAACUCUUGUCUGAAGAGUCGGAUUAUUUAAUUAACCAGGUUUAAUUUGAAACAGUUCUAUUUGUAUAUAAAUGUGACGGAGUAAACGGACUUAUUGUAGUUUUUUUUUUUCUAAAAAAAAAAAAAAGGACUGGAUCGAAGGAAAUAUUUAAAAAUUAAGAGAAAUCUUCAAAAGUGAAUCAGCAACGACUGGAAAAUAAUUAAUUUUUGAAUAAUCACCAUCAAUCGACCAAGUAAUCAAUCAAUUAUGGUCCGUAAAAAGUUCGAUCGAACUGUUGUGAAAAAAUGUCCAAAAUGUGAGGAACAAGUACCUGUUGCUUGUAAAUUUUGUACCUGUGGACACCCGUUCGCUUCUCGGAAUAAAUUGCUUUUAAAAGAAGAAGCCGAGGAGGCGAUGGGACUUUUGGAUCGCUCAGACUUAAAUAAGGACGACGAAUCCCCAAUGGACCGCCUGAGGCGACCCAGGAGGUUGAGUCGUGACAAACCUUCCUAUUAUGUGAUUACUGAGAUAAAUCGCCAUGUAAAGAGACCCCGACCAAAGGUGAAACCGGCGAGUAGCACCGAUAUGGGCGCUGUAGGUGAAUUGGUUAUACCUAAGAAGAAGAAACGAGGGCGACCGCGAGGUUCGGGUUCACGAAAUAAAGCGAAACGGAAGACGAUUCUUAAAGCACAGGCACCACUGCAACUUCAACAACCCAAACAGGAACCGUUGAUUCUUCAACUCCCCAAACAAGAACGUCUGGAAUCUUUGGAACAAGAUUCACCCCAAGCAACAUCGUCGUCGUCGUCAUCGUCGUCUUCUUCUUCGUCGCCACACACACCACCGUCUCAGAGUUAUUACCACCAACUCCAGGAAAUGGAAUUCUCCGACACCAAACUAGCCACGAGUCCCACACCUUCCCUCAGCAUCGCCACCUCUUCAGGGAUCGACAGAAAAUUGAACCUGAGCAGCUCCUGUUCUGCGACCAGCAAUACUUUUGGUAGUUCUAACCCGACCGCUGCCACUGCCUCCUCAAACACCAGCAGCACGGGGGAGAUCUCCAUCAAAAUUGAUAACCGAACUUCUUUCUCUGCUGCAACACCGUCGCCACCGUUAUCAUCAUCAUCGUCAACAUCAUCAACAUCAUUGUCAGCCACAGCAGCCGCAGCAAACAUCGGCAGCACGAGCGGCAGCAGCAAAAACAAAGGCGGCGGCGGCACCACCGCCACCGCUGCUAUUUCUUCAUCAAGCGGCAGCACCAACAACAAGAACAGCAACAACACCAAUAAUAAUAAUAAUAAUAAUAAUAACAACAACAACAGUAGCCAGAACAACAGCAGCAGUAAUCUGAUGAUUAUUAACAACAACAGCAACAGCAGCAUUAACAGCGUGUGCAGCGGCGGUAGCAGCAGCAGCAACAGCACCAUCACCACGAAUUACGGCACCAAAAACAUUUCUAAUAGCGACAGCAACAGCAAUAGCAUUUCUAUUAGCAACAUUAACAACAACAACAACACCACUAAUAGUAACAACUGCAAUAACAACAACAACAACAACAACAACAGCAGUUGUAGUAGUAGUAGUAAUAAUAAUAAUAAUAAUAAUGGUACCAGUAAUAAUAACGGGGCAGAAAAAGACAUGUAUUCUAACAUCUCACCUGAAAGGGCUCUACAGUUUUAUGCAAUUUUGGCGGAUUUGAACAGAAAAAUCAUUUCACAGUCAUUUAAACCAUGGUGAAACGUUUUGGCAUUCAUUGUUUAUAAUAUACACCUCCAGAAAACGCACACACACACACACACACACA